AUGGUCAGCCUGGGGUCCGAUGCUGCCAAUGCAGGCAUGAUGGCAGUACGCCACGCGCGGAUCAUUCAGCAACUCAUCCUGGCGUCUGGGAACGAAGCCAGCAAAGCGUAUGAGAAGUGGCAGCGCCGCGGGAAAGCGUCCGUGUGCUCCAAGAGGGACGUAGAAGAGCUCCAGAACGACGUGCGCAAAGCCGGCAACAAGAUGCAGCAGCGGAGACGGGCCAAUCUCCUCAACCGGCUGUCGAGUGAAAUGACGUCACACGGCUUUCAACCGGAGGGGGCCUUUGGCAACCGCCGCUCCGUGACCGAGACGCCGAAGCCAGAAGCCAAGCUGCCAGGGCUUUCUCAUGCUGACUCCUUGGAGUCCUUCGACGGCAGCGGAUCAGGCAAGCCUUCGGCGUCGAGUGCGACCUCCAGUGACAGCAGCUCCUCCUCCGACUCCGACUCCGAUGAGGAGGUGCCGGGCCUGGGCUUCAUGCGCCUGUCAGGGGCCUCCUCCGGGUGCCACGAGACACCAGAGGAUGGCUGUUUGGUUUGGAAGGCAGAUGCGUAUCAUGCUGGAGUGGAAGAGAGUUUGGAGUGUCCAGUCGUUCGAAGCGAACCUGGAGGCCUCAGGACUGGGCGCCGGGCCUCUUUGACGGCCGAGAACCCCGUGAACCUGGUCGCCCAGAGGAGGAUCGCCGUUCGGCAGCCCUCCCUGCUUCAGCAGCCGGCCUUCGGGCAGCUCGUGCGCCAUUCGAUCAGCCCGGGUUCCGCGGCCCAUCCGGGCGGCCUUCCCGGACUUCCAGGGGACGUGGGGGCCCCCGGUUUCAACAGCAGUCGAGCACGUCCAAAGAGACAGUCGCAGUGGGGUCAGAUUGCAGGACUCGCCAGACUUCUUCGGCCCAAAGAAGAGUGGACAGGACCUGGAUCCAGCAUUUCUGGGCCACCAGACGAGUCCGGCAAGAGUGAUGUGGAGCAGAGCGACACCCAAGACGAAGCCAUCAACGAAGGCAAAGGCGUCGAACUCACAGUUGCUCAGCGACGCAAGCUCCCAGAGGUCUUUGGCAUCUCAAAGUUUCGGGACAGGACGACCAUUCUCGGACAGCAGUGGCAGGAGCCGGCGCCGACUUUGAAGCGCUUCCACCUCGAGGUGGCGGAACGGCUCGGGCUGGACGCUGCCGCCGGAGACUGGGAUCCAGGCCAGACCUACGUGAUGGACGUGGCAAAGCUCGAGGAGCUGGCGGAGCGGAAGAUUCUGCGGCACCAGGAAGAAGCCGCCACCAAAGUCCAGACCAGGCCCAGAAAGACACAUGGGAGAAGAGAGAGGAGAGAGAGAAGAGAGAGAGAAGAGAGAGAGAAGAGAGAGAGAGAGAGAGAGAGAGAGAGACAAGAGAGAGAGAAGAGAGAGAGAAGAGACAUGGGUCGAAAACAGGCCCUGUUCAGGUGGCAUAGCUGCUGUGGCCAAUGGGCCACCGUGUGA